UAUAAUCUUCUAAUAAUCUAACUACAAAACCAAUUCUCUCUCUUUUUCUAUAUCUAUAUCUAUAUCUAUAUUAAUAUAUAAGUACAUGUGGGUCAGUCCAACCUCUUAGCUCACCUUCCACUAUCCUAUAUUUAUUAAAACUUUCUUUCGUCCUAGUAAACUCGACCCCUAGCUAGCUUAUAUAAACUUCCAUACUCAAACCAUUUUCAUUUCCUCUUCUCAUUAUUAAUUCAACUUAUUCUAGUUUGAAAUUAAUAAUUAAUAAACAAAUAAAUCAUCCUACAUAAUCUUCCAUGGAAGGCAAAUUAGAUCAACAUCCAUCUCCAACAACCCUACUGCCUCCACCACCACCACCACCACUUACAUCUAAUAAUUUAUCAUCAACAUCGUUAUUACCACCCCAAAUUGGUACUCCUAAUAAUAAUUUCCUCUUCUCAACGCCACCACUGCCGUCACAGCAAUCGCAUCCAUCCUCGUCGUCGUCCUCAACGUUACUAAUGAAUAAUAACACUAACCCUAAUCAGGAAAUCGAUUGGAUCAGCCUUUUCUCGGGUAGUGGUGGUCAUCAAGCAGCUGCAGGGGGGUUUGCAUCCAAUGAGAUGAUGACGAUGAUCAAUAAUAAUAAUAAUAAUAAAAAGGAAAAAUGCUACGAUCAUGACGAUCAUAAUAAUAUUAACGAGGAAGAUAAUCAGAGUAAUAAGAGGAGAGCCCCUGGGAAGAGUAGGAAGACAGCUCGGCCAAGGUUUGCGUUUCAGACGAGGAGUGCUGAUGAUAUUCUUGACGAUGGUUACAGGUGGAGAAAAUAUGGACAGAAAGCUGUCAAGAACAGUGCAUAUCCCAGGAGCUACUAUCGAUGCACGCAUCACACGUGUAAUGUAAAGAAGCAAGUGCAGAGGCUAUCGAAGGACACAAGCAUUGUGGUGACCACAUACGAGGGAAUUCACAAUCAUCCUUGUGAGAAACUUAUGGAAACCCUAACCCCACUCCUCAGGCAGAUGCAAUUCCUCUCUAGCUUCUAAUUAAUAAUUAUUAAUUAAUUUCUUUAUUAACCACAUCCACAUAUGUAAUCACCCCGGCCGGCCCCCUCUCUAUCUAUCUCAUCAGUAAUGAUCUUUUCUGGUAUAUAUACAUAUAAAUAGCUAGGAACGUAAAUUAAAUAUUUGGUGUGGUAUAGGAUAUAUAUAUGUAACGCAUGACGAGAAAACAGUAUAUAUAUCAUGAUCUUAAAAAGGAAAAGAUCAUGAGAUGUAUGAAGAAGAAGAAGGAAACUUUAUCUAUA